GAUGAUAACAGAACGUGCACACGGAGUUAAACGCAAGCUUACUGAAAUUGAUGGCGAUCAUGAGGUGCAUGGCCGCUGUCUUCAACGACAAACAGUGUUCAAUAUUUCGAUCUGCAAACUGCAGAAAAGCUUUACACGGCCAGAGCCCGUCCUCUUUAAAACCGUGCUCAUCUCCAAUACGCUUCGUCUCAUCGAAGAAGACAUUAGAGAAGAACGGAGGAGUUUAGAAAAAAAUGAUUUGAACGGACCUAGCGACGAGGAAACAUUCGCCAGAGUAGUCAACAUGCACGAACCAACGAAUCGCUCCGGUCUUAACAUCGGCACGCGAUCACGCGACGCCUGUGAAACUUCGAAAAGUUCUCUAACUUUUGAACAAGAACUGAAUAUUCUGGGCGACAAAAUGGUGAAAGAACUUGAGCUGGACAUGGAAAAGUCUAAGCUACUCGAAGUGUCCGCCAAAGAAAAAUCAGAACUACUCACUCAAAGCCCUUUAACGCGCUCUGCUGCCGAUUCGAACAACAAUAACCCGGGGUUCGAAGAACGUGAAAGAGCGGUCACCUCCAACUCGGAUGAAAUCAUUCGAGAAUUCACAUGCGGCAGUCUAUUGGGAUUGGAAUUAACCGAAGAACUGGAGUUUAAAGACGUAGAUGUUUCGCUCUAUGACUUCGACGUUCCAAACGGAUCGUUUCCGAUAGAUUUUGACGAGUUUUGCAGCGUGUGGAAUCUUGGAUCAACCAGUGUAGCAGCGCGGAGUUUGCCCAGCAGAUGUAGUGACAGCGUAAAGCUUGAGCGAGCAAACGAACACAAUUUUGACGAUCUCGACCAAGUUAUGCAAAUUUUAGUGGGAUCUUAGGUAGCUGUAAUUUUUACAGGACCCUAAAUGCGAAUGUCGUUUAUUUGAAUUCGUUGCAAAUUUAAGUCAAAUGAGUAGAAUCUAUUCAGAGAAAAAGAGAGUUAAGAAAUUUUAACAUAGUUGUAUCAGUUUUAGCAUGUGGGUAUAAGGCUAUUUAUAGUCGGCGCUGCCGAUAGAAUCCACAACUUUUUAUAUGCGAUGCAAAUAAAUAUUUUAUGUGAAUUUGGAGAUGUAUUUGAAGUGGUAAGAAGAGAGUAUUUUUUCAGCAUAUUUGUAGGUAAUUUAUACUGUAUUAUAUGACAUGAAAUAUGAACUUUUUAACUCGCCAAGCUUUGUAAGUUUUGCAAGCAUGCAGCUAAUUAAUUACUUGUUUUCCAUACGGAUCAAGCUAUCCAGCUAGUUAGAGAAUAUUUUAUGAACUGGAUAGUAUGGAAGUAGCAUGCCAGACCUCUCAAUGAAUGUAGUAAAUUAUGCGACCUUUUCAUCUUCUUGAUGUUCUGUUAAUUUAUGAUUCUUGCAUAAGACAAUUGCUAGGAAAAUGGCUGAAAUGACUUUGAACUAGACUAGUUUGUUAUAAUAAUUUUAUUCAACGCAUUGAUUUAAUUCAUUUUAAUGAAUAGGAAAUUGCUCAAUAAAUUAUCACUUGUUGAACAGCUGUGGCUUUGAUGGCUACUGGUUGCAUAUGUCAAAAAAAUCAUUCUUGUGUAAUAUAAACUCCAUGAGUGAAGAGAGUAAACAUUUAUAUGGCUAAAGAAUGGAUGAACAGUGCACAUGAUUUUUGAAAAUAAAUUAUGAGG